AUGGAAGCCGUCAUCCUCAGCAGCGGCGGUGUGGAAAAUACCGACCACCAGCGCCGAAGUCACAGUUUCAGCGCCCCUGUACCUCUGAACCUACAGCAGAAAACUGAGAGAACGCUGAGAAACAUCAGUAUCAGCGUUCUCAGUGCACCACCUGCUGUACAAUCGGAACAACAGCAAACCCCUCAAAGCCCGAGAAACGUCAGUAUUAGUGUCCUUAGCACGCCUGGCAGUGAGACUGCGGAGAAGGAGAAGAAGGGCUGGAUGAUGGGGACUCCGAGAAAGUUGUUGGAGAGGGUUAAGUCGAGGAAGAGCUGGAGUCCUGCUGGGAGGAAUUCGCCUGGGAGGGGUGCGGGUUUGGAGAGGGAGUAG